GCAUUUCUUUCACUAUGAAUGCAUUUAUAAUUACCACAGUUACUCUAAUUCAGAAUUGUGUUCUACUUGUCCAAUUUGUCAUGCACAAAGUUCAACAUCAGGAUAAAAAUGAUCAUAUUGAAAGUAAAGAUGAGUUUGAAAAGGAUAAAGAUAUAAAUAAUUACAAUGAAGAUGAUAAUGAAAGUAGAGAUGAGUCUGAAGGUAAUAAAGAAUGUAAUAAGGACUAUAAUAAUAAAAAUGAUGAGGAUUAUAAUAAUAAAAAUGAUGAGGAUUAUAAUAAUGAAAAUGAUGAGGAUUAUAAUAAUGAAAAUGAUGAGAACUAUAAUAAGUAUGAUAAUAAUAUCAUUGGUGAUAACAACAGCUUGA